UGGUCUCCCUUUUACUAUAAUGGGUGAGGGGGAAAAAUAUCUGAGUGGUGGGGAGUGCGACAGAGCAUGUACAUGAAAACGGUAAAAACGAGAGCAACUCAUCAUCAUCAUCAUCUUCUUCCUCAUAUAACAUACACAUACAUAUAUAUAUAGAAAUAGGUCACCAUAUAUAUAUAUAUAUAUUCCACUUUUUCGCACAUGUACCUAUACAUAUAUACAUACACUCACCCACCUAGAGAGAGAGAGAGAGAUAGAGCGAGUAAAAAUGGGGAGAGGGAGAGUGCAGCUGAAGAGAAUAGAGAACAAAAUUAAUCGGCAGGUGACCUUCUCCAAGCGGCGAUCGGGACUUCUCAAAAAAGCUCAUGAGAUCUCCAUCCUCUGCGACGCCGAUGUCGGCUUAAUCGUCUUUUCCACCAAGGGCAAGCUCUUUGAAUAUGCUACUGAUUCGUGCAUGGAAAGGAUCCUUGAACGAUAUGAAAGAUAUUCAUAUGCUGAAAGGCAGCUAAAAGAGCCCGACCUUGAAUCACCGGCAAGCUGGACUUUGGAGCAUGCAAAGCUUAAAGCUAGAGUGGAAGUUUUGCAGAGAAAUCAGAGGCAUUAUAUGGGAGAAGAUCUGGAUUCUCUAAGCAUGAAGGAGCUGCAAAACUUGGAACAUCAACUUGAUGUAUCUCUUAAACACAUUCGCACGCGCAAGAACCAGCUCAUGAAUGAGUCCAUUUCAGAGCUUCAGAAAAAGGAUAAGGCAUUGCAGGAGCAAAACAACUUCCUAGCGAAGAAGAUCAAAGAGAGGGAGAAAGAGAUGGCGGGAAGGACAACGGCGGCGGCGGCGGUGGCGGCGAUGGAGCAACAGCAAAACCAUCAUGACUUGAACUCUUCUGGUAUUGAUCGCCCACAGACUAUGGGAAUCUUGAACAUCAGCGGCGGGAAUAUUUACCCAGUUGAAGGAGAAAACGGAGGCCGCGCGACGCAACACCAUAAUCAAUUUUCGAAUCCGGUAAUGCCUUCGUGGAUGUUUCACCACAUAGAUGGAUAAAAACAACAGACAUAUUUAUGCUGCGAUCCACUCUAUUAUCUUCCUAGCCUAAACUAGCUAGGAGGAAAAAAUUAAAUGUAGAGAAAAAGAAAACCCCUAAAAAAUAGGUGUUUUAUUUCAUGGAUCGUGUUAUCGUUGCUACAGGAAAAACAAUCUCUAGGGAAUUCGGAACUGUGUAGUCCAAAGACACUCCUAAUAUGCGUGUGCUUAAUUAAAAUUACGUGUAUUUAUUAAUGUCGAUACUUUAUGUAUGUGGUAUAUAUAUUGUACAGUAUCGAAUGCUUAUUUUA